AUGGCUUCCGCAAACCUGCCGGCGAUCUUCAACGCCACCACGCAGGACAUUGAGAACCUGCUGGCCGCUCAGUGCCACAUCGGCUCCAAGAACUUGCAGGUGCACAUGAACCCGUACCUGUGGAAGACCCGCGCCGACGGCGUCAACGUCAUCAACAUUGGCAAGACCUGGGAGAAGAUUGUCCUGGCUGCCCGCAUCAUCGCUGCUGUCGACAACCCGGCCGAUGUCUGCGUUAUCUCUGCCCGUCCCUACGGCCAGCGCGCCGUCCUCAAGUUCGCCUCUCACACCGGCGCCCAGGCCAUUGCCGGCCGUUUCACCCCGGGUUCCUUCACCAACUACAUCACCCGUUCGUUCAAGGAGCCCCGCCUGAUUGUUGUGACGGACCCCCGCACCGACGCCCAGGCUAUCAAGGAGGCCAGCUACGUCAACAUCCCCGUCAUCGCCCUGUGCGACACCGACUCGCCGACCGACUUUGUCGACGUUGCCAUCCCGACCAACAACAAGGGUCGCCACGCCAUUGGCCUUGUCUGGUGGCUGCUGGCCCGCGAGGUCCUGCGCCUCCGCGGUACCAUCUUCAACCGCGAGACCCCCUGGGACGUCAUGGUGGAUCUGUACUUCUACCGCGACCCUGAGGCCGAGGCUGAGGAGAAGGCCGAGGAGGACAAGGUUGCCGCCAUCGAGGAGGAGCCCGCUGCCGCUGCUGCCGAGACUUUCACUGGUGGUGACUGGGAGGCCGCCCCGGCUGGCUUCGCCGCUGCCCCUGGUGCUGCCACCGGCUGGGAGGAGGCUGUCCCGAACCAGCAGUGGUCUGCCGAGACUGGCGGUGCCCAGUGGGGUGACGAGGCUGCUCCCAAGGAGGCCACUCAAUGGUAA